AUGGCGAUGCCGCGGGCAAAGGACCGCGCGGUCGUGACGCUCGUCACCACAGACAACUACCUGCCGGGCGCGCUCGUCGCCCUGCGGUCGUUGCUCGACGCUGAAGGCGCCGCGCCCUCCCCGACCUCGCGCUCGUUUGCGACCGUCGCGCUCGUCACGCCGGCGACUGUGGGACAUGGGACGGUCACGGCACUGCAGAAGGCGUUCGACAUCGUCAUCGGCGUCGAGCAGAUCCUCUCAGAGAGCCUCGAGGAGCUGAAACUGCUCGGCCGCCGAGACCUCGCCGCGAGCCUGACGAAACUCCACCUCUUCCGCCUGACGCAGUACGAGAAGGUCGUCUUCCUCGACGCCGACACGCUCGUCCUCCGUCCCAUCUCGCCACUUUUAGACUUGCCACACCGCUUCGCCGCCGCUCCCGACGUCGGCUGGCCCGAUGCGUUCAACUCGGGCGUCUUUGUCGCCGAGCCGAGCAUGGAGACGUUCGACGGGUUGUUGCGGAUGAUGCGGAGCCGCGGCAGCUGGGACGGCGGCGACCAGGGACUCUUGAACGACUACUUCUCCGACUGGCAUCGCCUCAGCUUUACCUACAACGUUACUCCCUCGGCUUACUACACUUACGCUCCUGCCUAUCGACGGCACGGCCAGGACGUCGCAAUCCUGCACUUUAUCGGCGCCGAGAAGCCGUGGCACCGCGGUACUCGCGACGCUUACGACCCCGAUGCAGCAUCCAAGGACUACUACGGCCUGACGCACAAAUGGUUCGACGUUUUUGAGCGGCACUUCGGCGCGAUCUCGACCUACGACGUCGCCAGCCGGGUCGUCGCGCCUCCCUCGUUCCUCUCGCAAGCAUUGACGAGUCUGCCGCCCCUUCCUGUGCAAGCGAAGCCGUCCCUUGAGCAUCAGGCUGACGGUCCCGCUCCUUCGACGCCUCCGACCCCGACCAUUUCUGUCGCUCCGCCUUCUCCUCCCCGCUCUCAUGAGUCUUUCACGACCGCCACGCCGACCGCCACUACCCCGCUCGCCAUCCCUUCUGCCCGAGCAGCCUCGCCUCCCCACCUUACUUGGGACCCAGCUCGCUCGUCCCCACCGCGCAAUGGCCCGCCUCAAAUGCGCGACGCCGUCCCCUACGCCCCGAACAUCUGGGACUCGACCUCUCGCCGCGAGAUGAAGAAGCGGUUCGAGCCGCCCGCGCGCUACCCUGAGCCGCCGAAGGAGACGCACGAUUGGUACAAGGAGGUCAUGAGCAAGAAGCCCGACCCAAGCCAGGUCAAGCCUGUCUUCCCGUGGGAACAGGCUGCGGCGAAGGAGGACAGGCCGGUGACGACGCCGGGCGGGACGGCGACUGGCUUCCAGUUCGGCUCGAUGCCGCCUCCUCCGCCGACUCGGACUUUCAGCGACGAGGGUCCCGCUUCGUCUGCCGGCCCUUCUGCGGCGUCUGGCUCGUUCGCGCACUCGGGUCCCGGCACGUUCGUCAACGCCUGGGACUCGGUUCCUGCCAUCAAGCGGUACGCAAGCUCGCUGGCGAAGCGGCAGACUGGCCACUCGAGGCGCAUCUCCACCGAGGAAGGCAAGGGCGGACCUCAGAGUGGUGGUCUGAAGGGAGGCUCAUCGACGGCGGUAGGCGGAGCGAACAACAGGCGUCGAAGCGGUUCCGCCGCGAGCUCAUUGAGCAUCACCCGCAACACCGACAGGCGGGAUAGUGGACCUGGUCCUGGUGCCGCUGGGGCUGUCGCUUCGGGCGCUACCGCCGCGACUGCCGCCGCGACUCGCUCGCCCCGUCCAUCAUCGGUCUACUCGAAGGACGAGGAUGCCAGCAGUCGGGACGGUGACGACGAGGAGGAUGAGGAUGCCGACGGCUCUACUGCGACGGACGACUGCGACGAUGAUGAAGAGCCGGAAGACUCGGAGGAGGGUAUCGACCGGAUCCAGAUCAAGUUUCGCCGCGCUGUCGACAAGGGCGAGCUGAGCCCGACGAACCGCCGCAGCAAGAAGAGCAACAGCCCGUCCUCGACCGAGGAAGCCGCCGACACGGGUGUCUUCCCCCCUCGCUCGGGUCAGAAGACGCCCACCACCGCAUCCGGCGUCUCCGCACCGACGAGUCCAACUCGUGCUCGCAAGGACUCGCGCUACGUUCCAACCUCGCCUCGCCAGCCUCGCUCGCCGCACUACGUCGUCGCAUCUCCCGCUGCCUUCGCCAACGCUGCACAGACUUCGCCGCGUCAGCAACUCCGCCUGCAGAUGCCCGUCUCGCCCGCCUCUGGCGCUCUCUCUCCCCGCCUCGCCGCCCAAGCCCUCCGCAAUUCGACGGCCGCUCGCUUGACCGCAUCUGGAUCCGGCACUGGCGAUGCGCCGCCUCUCCUUCGUGCUACGAGGGUCUUCAGCCCAGACACCGACACCGGCGUCGUCAAGCAGCAAGGACUCGCCGCUCUCCAGCGAUUCGUUGAGAACAUGGAGCAGCAGAUGGCUUCGCAAGGCCACGCGUACCCGCAGCAGCAGCAAGUCACGUCGCAGCAGGAGUACCACCCUCAGCAGCAGCAGCAGCAGCAGCCACCAUUCGGCGGCGGCGGCUCAGGCGGAGCCUUCCGCUGGUGA